AUGUGGGGAGGAGCUGGUUUUGUUCUAAAUUCUAUUUUAUUUUCCCUUUUCUUCUUUAACAGGGUGAUGUCUUCUGAAGAUGAUGGUAGUUACAGGACAUUAGGAUUACCUACUCAACCAUACUGUCGUAUUCAUUGUCAUCAGUCAGCUGUACGUGCAGCACGUUUUAAUGCAGAUGGGAAUUAUUGUAUGACAGCUGGUGGGGACAAAACGAUAAAACUAUGGAAUCCUUAUAAUUUUCGUUUAUUAAAGACUUAUGCAGGGCACGGUGGGGAAGUUUCUGAUGUCCAGGCAGGGAAAGAUAAUAGCCAACUUGGUUCAGGUGGAGCAGACUGUUUAGUUAUAUUAUGGGAUGUUUCUACAGGACAAUCUGUUCGUCGAUGGCGUCGUCAUGCUGGUCGUGUAAAUUCUGUUUUAUUCAUUGCACCGUUUCACAAUUCCGAUUCAUUAGACCCUAGUCCAAUUUUAUUGUCUACUGGUGUAGAUGGGAUGGUUCUAGUUUGGGAUGCCAGAGCACGUACUCCUUAUCCAGUUCAGACUAUCCAUGAGGCACGUGAUAGUGUCACAUGUUGUGCAUUUCGUCGACAUCAAAUUGUUACUGGUUCUGUUGAUCGAUGUGUUCGGAUUUAUGAUAUUCGACGAGGUGAAAUGACUGAAGACUAUGUUGGAUACCCAGUUACAUCGGUUUCAAUUACCAUAGAUUGUCAAUGCUUUUUAGUUGGUACACAAGAUUCAACUUUACGUUUAUUCGACGCGUUAACCGGUGAACUUCUUAACAGAUACACAGGACAUACUAAUCAAACAUACAAAAUGGAUAGUGCUUUGAUGAAUUUAGAUCGUCAUAUAAUCAGUGGUUCAGAAAAAGAUGGUCUUGUUUUUGUAUGGGAUUUCAUACGUUCGGAUGCACCGAUUCAUACACUAGAUCAUCAACCUGGUAGCAAUGCAUGGGGUGUUUUAUCUCCACACAACCCAGAAUCAGUUAGUGAAUUGAUAAUUGAAACGGCUAAAUCAGUAAAUUUUAUGAUUCAUUCAGUGUCACCACAUCCUAAACAAAGUAAACUACUUACAGCAGGUGGUGAUUUUGUUUGGUUGUGGGACGCUGAACCUAAAGAUAUUAAAGAAAGUGAAUAAAGAUUUCUUGUAUAUAUGGUUUGAUUUGUACAGAUAUUUUGUUUGAAAAAACUGGUGUAAUUA